CUCACCCGUGGCUUUGGUUUGUUUCUUGUUUGUCGAAAUUAGCACUUCGGUCUGUUGUUUUGAUCUGGCUUUCGUGUCUUGGCGUGGUGGUUAGUUGUAGGUUUAGUUGGGUCAACAAGACAAGAAAAAACUUUGAUGAUUAUUAACCGAGUAAUGGAAGGUCAGCGGCUCUGGUGGUGACUGCUAGUUGCUGGAAUAGAAAGCUCGAUCUUUUCUUGCGAUAUAUCACGAAGAAAGGAUGCUAUAAUUGAUUUCUAAAGCUUGGACUCGAUAUCUAUUGAUUGUUUCGACAAUGUGCUUUCAUGGUGUGGCCGCGCCUAGGUUGGCAUACUGUGUAUAACGUCAACUUUGGAUCUUUAACUUGAAAUACCUACCAAUUGAAAGAUGGAGGGUGCUGAAUUUUUUAUUUGAUAAUUAGUUCAAGAGAACCACAUCCUAUGGUACAUAUAUGCUAAAAAGAAAAGGUAGAUACUGAGAAUCAUAUAUAUAUACUGGCAGGAGAUACUGUGCUUUCUGAUUACUCUCUCCAUAUUGGUCCUUUUAGUUGUAGCUGGCCAGGAAAUGUGAUCACUUCUUUGUGGCUGCAAUUUUUUUAAUGAUUUGGUGGGCCGUCACUUCAAUAAAAGAAGUGCUAUCCUAGCUUCUUUGUGAUGCUUCACUUCCCCCCCUCCUUUUCAAGAGACAGUCCUAAGUUUCAACACAUAUUCUCUUCUCUAGGUCUUAUAUGAUUUCCAUUUAACGCUCAAUCGAUGGUAAUUUGAAAUAGAGACCAAUCAUCAUUAGUUGCUAUGUUAAUUGAAAACAAUUAGUCAUGUUCCCCCUCUUGUUAUGGUUGGAUGGAAUUCUUGUUUAAUUUGCUGCUAAUUGUGCUAACCUUGUAGGAGGGAAUAACCAUGGAAAUGAGUGAAAAAUGGUUUUGCAUGAAGGCUUAUAGACAUAAAUCAAACUAAUAUCUGUUAUGAAAAUCUAUGGAGUCUUCAUUUACUUUCUCUUGUUCUUGACAAGCAGGAGUGAAUGUCACAAUUCCAGUCAUGAUUGCUUUGAAUAAGUAGAUGACCUGCAGAAUGGCAGCUGGUCAAAGAAGGAAGCAGCAAACAAAUUCUAACUCUCAUAAACAAUACAGUGGAAAAAAGAAAAGAAAGCUGGGCCCAUAUGAUUUAUGUUUGAGAUCCCAAGUAGAUCUGGAAUGGGAUGUUCGUCAAAAGAGAGUUGUAGCAAAGAAGGCACAAGUUGGAUUAACAUGGAACUAUAUGGCUGCUUUUGUUGAUUCCUUUACUCGAUCACAUUCUGGCAUAGCUGAUGUUGUCUCUGUUCCUUAUGAGAUUUUUGACUUGGACAAUUUGUCUGAGGUGCUUACUUAUGAGGUUUGGGCAACAUGUCUUUCAGAACCAGAGAGAAAGCUUCUCUCACAGUUUCUUCCUAGUGAGACAGACACUGAACAUGUUGUUCAUUCAUUGCUUAAGGGAGAAAACCAUCAUUUUGGAAAUCCUUACUUAAAAUGGUCUUCUUCACUUUGUGCUGGUAAUCUUCAUCCAGAUAACGUUCUACAUCUGGAGAAGCAAUUUAAGUUCAAUAAGAGAGCAUAUUAUCAUGAGAUAAAUAAGUACCAUAGUGGCAUGCUUGAGGUUUUGAAAAAUUGGAGAGAGAGAUGGUUGAGCUGCAAGGAUCCAGAAAAUCUUUGGAGUGAAGAAUUUACCAAGAACAAGCAAGAAAACUUAGCAAUUUGUGCAGAAAGGGCUAAGGUUCCUAAUUGUUCAAAGGGGGAAAUGUCAAAUAAUAACAGCGUCCACAACAGUGAUGCAAUUAAAUUUAUGUCAUGUAUAAAGAUAACUAGGUCUCAGUUCCAGCUGGUUAAGAAUUUAAAGCAUUCUGGUGAUGGUAUCCAAUCCAAGUCUCUUAGUCAUGUGCUUGGUGACAUAAAUAGCUUUCAUGCACAUUCUUAUGUAACAUAUGAGGAGGAAGAAAAGAAGAGAUUGCAUGAACAAUGGUUGCAAAUUGCAAGGAAGGAUCUCCCUGCAGCUUUUGGGGUACACAAGGGAAGGAAGUUGCAUAGAGAGCAAUGUUGGAAAUUUUUGGAACAGGAACUUGCAAUGAAGAGGAAGCUGAUACUGCAUAAGGAUGAGAAGACAGAAAAUUUGGAGAGCUCGAAUCAAGAAUCUUCAUACAGUGGAGAUCUUCAUGAGCAUGAGCAUGCUCCAGAUGGUGAAGGUGAAAAAAAUGAAGAUGUUGACCCCAGAUAUGAGGCCAUUAAUGACCAUCAGCUGGAAAAUAUUCCUUCCAUUGACCCUAAUCAGAAGACUUGUUUUAUGGUUGCCAAUGAUGAAGCAGUAGGUGAAGAUACACUAAAACAAGAAGAUUGUGUUUUACCUCUUUCUGAAUCUUUAUAUUGCCAGAGUGAAAAUAUUAAACUGGAGGGUUCUCUUGCAUCUGUGAAAAGUAUGUGGCAGCCAAGAAGCCUUGCUGACUAUUACUGCAACACUUCACAAGUUCAUGGAUACUUGUCUGCUGAUCAGAUGAUACCUGUGAGACAUAAACAAGUCAAUGAAGAACAUGCGGCUCACAUUAUUGAUCUGAAGAGAGAUGUUCCCCAACUGGAAGCUGGAAAGACUGUUGCAUCAGCUUUUAUCAGAGAAUCAAUCUUUUAUUCACCUGCAAACCAAGAUUGUACCGGUGUACCUCCCACAUGUCCAGAGGGAUCAGGAAUGCUAUCAUCUUAUACACAUCAACACAUGAAUAGUGUGAGGCAACCUGCAUUGCAUUUUCUGAUGCCCAAUGAUCGUCUUACAGAUUCUGGUCAGUUUGCUAGCCUUUUCGUAGGGCCAGCACAGAUACAGCAGCAGAGAGAAGUUUGGGAGAAAGGACCUCACAUGCAUCAGACUGUGAACGAAAGUGCAUACACUGCUGGCAGAUAUGCUAGCAAAAGGCAGUUUCCACCAGCUGACCAACAUGGUUUUUCUGCCAUGUAUUCUUCGGGCAAUAGUGGUUCUAUAGGUUACAAUUGGUUUCCUGAUGAGAAUCAAGAGGCUUACCACAAUUGGUCUGGAGUUGCAACAUCCAGCAGUAGUCACAGUGUUGCUGUUGGCAAAAAUGCUGAUGGAAACCUCUUCAGUGUUUUCUCCAACAGAUCAGUGUGCUCUCCGUUGGAAGUGCUGAACUCGGAACAGUAUAUUCAGACAAGGAAUUUUGAUGGUGUGGAAAUGGCCAGUGCUGAAGAUACUCGUGCCUAUGCACAAACUCAGCUUCACAACUCAGGUGGUCAUGAGGCAGUCGGUGCCUCCUCAUUGAGGAGGGGAUCAUGGAUUAAUACUCCACAUCACAGUCUUGGCCUUCAUAAUCCUGGUGGAAGGCCAUUUCCAAGACCCUGACACCUAUAUUACCCCACCUUGACACAAGACUAUGCCAUCACCUACUGAUCAUUUUAACUUGCAAAGGAAGCUCAUCUGUAGAAUGUAGAUACUGCUGACAGGCCAGUUUAUUUAUAUCCUCACAUAGAUGGCCGACCUACUCUGAGUGGCACAAUGGAAAUCUAUUAAUCUGUAAAUAUGGUCUAUACUGUACAUAUACGUGGGAAGUGAGUGGAUCUAAGAACACCGAGAUCAGAUACACAUGUUUUGUUUGGUAUGUAAUCUUUGGUUCAGUUUUGCCUUUCCCCAUUGUUGAAGGGCAUAUUUGUUGUCAUAGGGCAUGAGUUCCCUUGCGCAGUAGCAAUAAAGUCUUGAUUUGGUGAGUCAACAACUGUUGGUAUUCAUGCUCUUUUGACUUUGUGCUUGGGCGUGAAACCAACACCAGAUCAAGGAAGAUCCAGGAAUGCAUGGCAGCUUCACCAGCUUCAUCAUCAAAACGAGGAGGGUAUUUGGUUUUCCAGCCAGCUUUGAGGAUAUCAAAAUUAUCGGACAUGGACUGUGGAAAGAUUACUUGGAUUUGGUUGGAAUUUUACUCCAUGUGGAUUUAGAUUUGGUUAAUAAUGUACAGUGCUCCAAAUUCCACUCCACAAUAGCAUUUUACGAUGGAUAUUAAAAAUAUCCGAUGUUUAAUGUGUCCACCUUGGAUAAAAUGUUAAAUAUGUUUUGUUGGAUAAAAUAAUUCUUUCGACAUGAUAUUUCCAG